AGUUUCCCAGGCUCCGGGCCUCUCCUCCGGUCCUGUGCUGCAGGCAGAACCCCAGGCGACCGGUCCCCCAGCCCCCGGCCGAGCCGCCUGGAUCCCGCACCUGCCUCUCGAUGUGGUGUCUCGAGCGGAUACUCCGGAACCGGCACGGGCUCCUCUCGGGUCGGACCCGCCACGCCAAGACCCGGUCGCCCGGCGCGUGCGCAAACGUGCUCACUCCGGAGCGGAUCCCCGAGUUCUGCAUCCCGCCGCGGCUGGAGCCCAGCCUCGCUCUGGUGGAUCUCCGGAAUGCUUGGGAGCAAAUGGCCAGGACCGACGAGGGCGCGGGCCGCACGGACUGGGACCCGCGCUCGCAGGCCGCGCUCUCGCUGCCGCACCUGCCCCGCGCGCGCACCGCCUACGGCUUCUGCGCGCUGCUCGAGAGCCCGCACACGCGCCGCAAAGAGUCGCUCUUCCUCGGGGACCCCGGCGCCGCCGCCGCCGCGCCGCUCUGCGCCCCGCGCCCCCACUCCGCGCCGCGCCCGCGGGCGCACACCUACUGCGCGGGCGCCGUGAGGCCGCGACCGGCACGCGGAGGGGAGCGCGACGCCCCCCCGGCGGCCCCGCCGGCCUCCGCCCCGGCCCCCGCCGGCCCCCAGCCAACUGCGGACUCGGCCGCCGCGCGGCCCCGCGGGCGCCGCCUCCUGCGCGCCCCCGACGGGCUGCUGGGCCGCGCGCUGCGCGCCUGCGGGAGCCGGGGCUCGGCGCGCGCCCGCUCCGCCUCCGGCCGGGUCAAAGACGAGGUGGAGCGCGACGCCGCCGCCGCCGCCCCCGAGUCCCCCAUCUCGGCCCCGGCGCGCCCCUCGCCAGCCCCGGGCCCGCGGCCCGAGCGCCUGGAGGCCGAGGGCACCGUGGCCCUGAGCCGCGCCGGCUGCGCCCUGCGCCUGGCCGCUGAGUACAGUCCGGACAGCGGGCGCCUCCGCCUGCGGCUGCUGCGCGCGCAGGGCCCGGCCGGGGGCGCCCUGGAGCCCCGCGCCGUGGCCUGUCGCCUCCGCCUGGUGCUGCAGCCUCCGGGCGCCUGGCGCGCGCCGCUGCGUGCGGGCUUGGGGCGCAGCCGCCGGGCCGCCCUGGAGCAGGACUUCUGCUUCGACGGCCUCAGCGAGGAGCAGCUGCGCCGCCUGGCCGUGCGCGUCCAGGCCGAGCUCAAGGGCCGCGGGCUGGAGCGGGGCCGCCGGCUGGGCCAGGGCGAGCUGCUGCUGGGCGCCCUGCUGCUCUGAGCGCGGGGCUCCCUGCUCAGCCCGGGACACGCACAGCCGCUCCGGACAAA